UUCUCAAUGUUUUCAUUUUCUUGGUGUCCUUUUUUUUUUUUUUUUUUUUUCUGAAAAAAUCUUUUUAAAGGUCAAGCAAUUUAGAUUGGCUGCUCACUGUUCUACGUUUUCGAAUUUCGAAAUUGGAUUUCCUUAUCCUUUUUCUUUUCUUGUUUCCUUAAUUUGCAUUUCCUCUCUUUUUUCUGGUUGUUGUUGUUUAUAAUUCAAUAAGUCUGAAGAUCAAGCGACUUAAGAUCGUCGGCGAUUUCUUCUCCGACGGCCUUAAUUGCAAAAACAGGGGAUCCUAGUAAAAAUGACAGAGAUCCCUGAGGAGUCUGACAAAGAAGCUGCAAACUCUGAGAAUCAUCAUGUGAAUUCAAGGGAAGAUAGUGAAUUUAUUAGGCUUGUUAUUUCCAAUGAACCAGGAGUAGCUCAUCUUGAAGAUACUCAAGUAUUGCAAACUGAAGCAAAUGCAAGAACUGAACCUUACAUUCAGGGGAUUAGAGCUCUGGCUCUUUGCAUUCUCCUGAUUAUACUUCUUUUCAUUUUGUUGAAAUGGGGAGCGCCAUUUUUUUUUCAGAAGGUUCUCUUGCCAUUCAUGGAAUGGGAAUCAACUGCCUUUGGCCAUCCAGUCCUUGCAAUCGUGUUGGUUGCUUCUCUGGCCUUGUUCCCUGUGUUUUUACUUCCUUCAGGACCUUCCAUGUGGUUGGCUGGGAUGAUUUUUGGAUAUGGAAUCGGGUUCAUCAUAAUUAUGGUUGGAACUACAAUUGGAAUGCUCUUGCCUUAUUUGAUAGGGCUACAGUUCCAGUACCGCAUCCAUCAAUGGCUAAAGAGAUGGCCCCAGCAAGCUGCUAUGAUCAGACUUGCUGGGGAAGGGAGUUGGUUCCAUCAAUUUCGAGUAGUUGCACUCUUUAGAGUUUCACCAUUUCCAUACACAAUUUUCAACUAUGCAAUAGUGAUAACAAGCAUGAGAUUUUGGCCAUAUUUAUGUGGUUCAGUUGCUGGAAUGGUGCCAGAAGCUUUUAUCUACAUCUACAGUGGUCGGUUAAUAAGGACAUUUGCUGAUGUGCAAUAUGGGAACUAUCGAAUAACUACUUUGGAAAUCAUAUAUAAUGUAAUCUCCUGCAUUAUCGCUAUCAUUACCACGGUUGCUUUCACUGUUUAUGCAAAAAGAGCUUUGCAGGAGCUUGGAAGGGCAGGGACUACUGAAGAAGAAGUUCCUGCACACAGCCCUGGCAGUUAUGAGAUGGGAAAGUUCUCACUUGAAAGGAGUGAUCGUAUAGGUUUGCCAUCUUCUCCAUCAUAGUGUGUACACUUGGGAGGGAAUUGUUAGCACCUGUAAAAAUAUUUCACACAGUAGAGGGGUUUUACUAUACUUGAUUGUUCAUAGCUUCUCUUUCUCUUUCUUUCUUUUCUUUUUUCUUUUUUUUUU